CAACAACUGGAGUAUCGUUGGAUUUGAGGCACCGAAUGGGAUGAUUGCUCCGCUUUUGUCAGUUUUUUGUUUGCAGCCAAAAAAAAAAAUAAUGGAAAUUUGAAUUCUGAAUAACAAAUGGAGGAUGAUCAAAUAGAGAGGAUUACAGAAUGGCCUGUAACGGUAAAUUUAAGUAAUAUUGGCGAAAACAAUUCUGAGUUACAAUAUGAAGAUCAGUCAUCCAAUUUAGCUUGUUCGCCUCUUAGGAAGAAAAAGAAAAUUGAAAACAGUCAACCUACUUUUCCAAGAACAACAACUCAUGGCAUCCCAAAUUGUCCUGAAGCAUUAGCAAGUGUGAGGGUUGCCAGAUGGUGGAGGAAACAGAAUCUCUGCAUGGAUCCAACAGCUGCAACCAGUCCCAAUACCAAAUUGUACAAGGUUUUGAGGACAACAGAAUGCAUUGAUUUUCUUGUUGGGGAAAGAACCAAGCUACUCAGACAAAAGGAAAAGCUAUCGUCACAUGAGAGAGGAGAUAUACAUGCUGCUCUUGCUAGCAUAGAGGAUUGGCUAGAAAACUACCCAACUGCUCUUCUGCAUAUUGAGCAUGCAGUUUCAAUAAAUCCUAAUAAUUCUGAAUACAUGUGGUUAAAAGAAAAACUAAAGAGACAGUGUGAUAUUUUAAAAAUUCAAAUGGAGAUAUUGAACACAGGGGAGUGCAUUCCUAAGGAAUUUCCUGCCUUCUUUGAGGUUGAAAGAAUAUCUUCAGCUGAUUUAAGUGUUGAAGAAAUUGUCAACAAUUUUAUUAUGAGAAAAAAGCCAGUAAUAAUUACAGGACUGGAAAUGACGAAGUCAUCAUGGAAUUUGGACUUUGUCAAAUCAGUUGCAGGAACACACAAAGUUAAAGUGAAAUGUGCUGUAUCUGAUUCAGUGGAGUGGGCAAGACUUGAAGAAAGUAGUUUAACAACUGUUGGAGAAUUUAUUAGUAAAGUUGAAAAAAAUGAAACCAAUGAAUAUUUAUUUGAUUGGAGCCUUCCCUUACAUUGUCCAGAAUUAGCACAAGAUUUGGUUAUUCCAAAGUAUUUUGCUGAUAACUUCCUACAUGUGACUGCCCCUGGUACAUUGUAUCAUGACAGCUGGCCAAGUUUGUUCAUAUCACCCAAAGGUGCUCUUAGUAAUCUCCAUGUUGAUGCUUUUGCUUCCAACUUUUGGAUGGUUUUAUUUCAAGGUCAGAAGAGAUGGACAUUUUUUGACAGCGAGGAUCUUCCUUUACUUUAUCCUCAUUAUUUUCACUCAAUGGACCCAGUGUUUAAAGUGAAUUUGGCACACCCUGACCUUGCUAGCUUCCCCUUACUUGGUCUCACAAAACCAAGGCAAUGUGUAUUACAACCAGGUGAGCUACUUUUUGUGCCAGGUGGAAGUCCACAUUAUGUGGAAAAUUUAUCUGCUACAUUAGCAGUGUCUUCUAACCAUGUUGAUCAUUCCAAUUUUAAAGAGGUAUGUGAGGAAUUGAGAAUAAACGGUUUAAUAGAUCCAAGGGCUGCAGAUCUUCUCAAUCAACUCCAGAAUCUUAUAAAGGACUCAGAUUAAAACACAACUAUUAUGUAAAGAACUUUGAACUCAGCAUAAUUAUUUACUUGAUUUUUACAAGCUUAUAUUUAACUUGCUUUUGUCGGAAAAGGGCAAGCGAAACUCAAACUUGGCAGGUGGGUCAAGAUCAAAUUAAAAUGCAAUGUGAUAUCAAAUUUGACUUAUUUGGAUGCUGAAUUAAUUAAUGUUCAAGAAUUAAUUAGUUACUUAAAUAAACUACUAUUAUCCGCAUUUGUUCAUUCAGUGUACAGCUGUUUUUAGUCAUGCAAUUCUACUAUGUUAAAAUUUUUAAAACAUUGAUAAAAAAUAAUUCAAAAACGUUUUAAUAAAUUUUGUUUAAAUUAUGCACUAAAAAAAAAAGAAUAUAAACGAUUUUCUUAAAAUCGAUAGUAAUGCUUCACUCUGUAAAUAACUAUACUAUAAAGAAAACUAUGGGUUAUGUAUUGAAUAGGCCUACCCUUACAAAAUGUAAAAAGCCACCCAUGUUUUUCUUUAUAGUUAUUUACGUAGUGAAACACAGUAGUUUAAGAAAAUGUUCUACUUUUUAGAGCAUAAUUAAAGUUUUUUGUUUCUUCUUAAACACACACGA